UCAAAAAUUCCCAGCCAAAACACCCCAUUCCCCAGAUUGACAAAUUCCCAAAAAUGUCCUCUGCCAAUUGCCAACAGCCUUCAUCGGAUUCCGAUUGCGAUUCCGAUCCUGAUCAAUCCCACACCGAAUCACACCACGGCAACCGCCAUCGCCACACAGACUUCUCAAACUCCAUUUUCAAAUCCUACUUCGAGCACACCACCAACCAAUCACAAUCCUCCAACUCACCACCAACUCCUCACGACCUCUCCAAAAUCCAAUCUUUUCUCAACUCUUCCUCCUCCGGCGCACUAUCAUGCCUUAUAUGCCUCGAGCGGAUCAAGCCCUCGGAUCCCACUUGGUCCUGCACUUCCCUCUGUUACGCUGUUUUUCACCUCCUCUGCAUUCAAUCCUGGGCCCGCCAGGCCUCUGAUCUCUCCGCCUACCGUGCCGCCACGCGCCUGCCCAUCUCCCCUGACAGAGCGGCGGAAACCUCCACCUGGAACUGUCCCAAAUGCAGAUCAGUGUAUGCGAAAUCUCAAAUCCCUAAAACUUAUUUCUGCUUCUGUGGUAACGUCGAGAAUCCUCCAAAUGAUAACCCCUGGAUUUUGCCGCAUUCCUGCGGUGAAGUCUGUGACCGUCCGUUGAAAAACAGCUGCGGCCAUUAUUGCUUGUUGCUAUGCCACCCUGGGCCGUGCCCUUCAUGUCCGAAGCUGGUGAAAGCCAAGUGCUUCUGCGGGAAAAUUGAAGAUGUUCGGCGCUGCGGAUUGAAAUUGUUUUCGUGUAACAAUUUCUGUGACAAGUUAUUGGAUUGCGGGAUUCAUAAGUGUAAAGAGAGGUGCCACGAUGGAGAUUGUCCUCCGUGUCAGGCUCGCGGCUUUUAUGGAUGCUACUGUGGAAGGAAGAAAGAGGAGAGGAAGUGCUGUGAGAGGGGAUUUCAAUGCGAGAAUCCGUGCGAGAGAUUGUUGGGGUGUGGGAAGCAUGUGUGUGAAAGAGGGUGUCAUUCAGGGGAGUGUGGACUGUGUCCUCUUCAGGGGAAGAGGACUUGUCCAUGUGGGAAGAACGUGUAUGAAGGAAUCGCUUGUGAUGUCGCAGUGCCGCUUUGCGGUGGUACUUGUGAUAAGAUACUGAGUUGCGGUUUACACAGGUGCCAUGAAAGAUGUCAUAGAGGAGGUUGCAUUGAAACUUGUAGACUUGUGGUGACCAAAUCGUGCCGGUGCGGGGGCUUGAAGAAAGAGGUUCCAUGCUAUCAAGAUUUGACCUGUGAGAGAAAGUGUCAGAGAAUGAGAGAUUGUGGACGCCAUGCUUGUAAACGACGCUGCUGUGACGGGGACUGUCCACCAUGUGGAGAGAUUUGUGGUAGGAGGCUUCCAUGUAAAAAUCACAAAUGCCCAGCACCAUGCCAUCGAGGUGCCUGUGCUCCUUGCCCUCUAAUGGUUACAAUCUCAUGUGCUUGUGGUGAGACACACUUUGAGGUUCCAUGUGGUAUUGAGAUGAAUCAAAAGCCUCCUAAGUGUCGAAAAUUGUGUGGUAUACCUCCUUUAUGCAGGCAUGGAUCAGACAGCAAGCCACACAGAUGCCACUAUGGAGCAUGCCCUCCUUGUCAGUUACUUUGUGAAGAAGAAUAUCCAUGUGGCCAUACAUGCAAAUUGAGAUGUCAUGGUCCAAGACCACCACCUAAUCCAGAAUUCACAUUGAAACCGAAGAAAAAGAAGCCAAAUCAUCAGAGUGAAUGUACUCCUGGGACUUCCUGCCCUCCUUGCCCAGAACUUGUUUGGAGGUCUUGCGUAGGCCAGCACCUCGGAGCAGAGAGGAUGAUGUUCUGCUCGAACAGGGCACUGUUUUCUUGUGAUAAUUUGUGUGGCAAUCCUCUGCCUUGUGGCAAUCACUAUUGUACGAAAACUUGUCAUGCUCUUAAGAGCCAGUCCCAAAAAUCAUUGGCUCAGCGCAGUGGUGAGCCUUGUGAAGAGUGCCAUCUUCCUUGUGAAAAGGAGAGGAAGCCCACUUGCCCACAUCCCUGUCCUCUUUCAUGUCAUCCUGGGGAGUGCCCCCCUUGCAAAGUGCUUGUGAAACGGGCUUGUCACUGUGGUUCUAUGGUCCAUGUUUUCGAGUGCAUAUACUACAACAGCUUGUCAGAAAAGGAGCAAAUGACUGUCCGCUCAUGUGGUGGAUCCUGUCACAGGAAGUUGCCCAAUUGUACACAUUUAUGCCCGGAGACCUGUCAUCCUGGUCAAUGCCCAUCAUCUGACAAAUGCAGCAAAAAGGUUACCGUUCGUUGUCAAUGCCAAACAUUGAAAAAAGAAUGGCUAUGUCAAGAUGUUCAAGCAGCCUAUCAAAAAGCAGGUCGGGACCCCAAAGAUGUAUCUAAAAAUCACUUUGGAAUUGGACUUCUUCCUUGUAAUUCAGAUUGCAAGAGUAAAGUAAAGGUUGUGGAUCAGGAAUUGCAUUUGCGCAAAUCCAAAGAUUUCGAGGAAAAGGAGCCUGAUACUGAGAAGAACACAUCAAAGCGUAGAAAACGACGAGAACGAGUACAAGAAACAAAGCAGAUUUCAAAACUUCAGAAAUAUGUUGCCACCAUGAAGUGGCUUCUUCUAGUAGUCAUCCUUGUAGUGACUCUGGUUGCAGCCGCGUAUUUUGGUUACAAGGGUCUCUUGUGGCUCUCUGAUUGGAUGAAUGAAGUAGAAGAACAAAGACUAAGGAGAAGAUACCCACGAAUCUAAUAAUUCUGAAGCUGUAACUCGAGUCUUCAUAGAGUUAUUCAACAUACUCCAUAAAUUAAACAUUGAUAUGUAUUUACCCCUCACUAUUUUUUUUUCCGAUCAAAAUAAUGCUCGUCCACCGUGUCUGUCAUGAAGUGAGUAUGAAAGUGCAGGAAGUUUUUGAA